AUGAGCUCCAGGAGCGCCAAGGAGAUGAUUAUUGGCAAGUGGGGCCUGAAGGCGGGUUCCUCCAGGUCGGAGAAUGAACUGGAGAAGUGUAAGGGGGAGAACGCUGCGCUGAAGAAAUCGCUGGAGGAAGCCCUGAAAGGGAAGAGCAAAAUGACUGAUCCGGAAAGGAAGGGGCUCCUGGAGAAAAUACUUUCAUUUGAAAAAGAAAAAGAGAAAUACAACCAUCUUCUUGGAGAGAAAGACAAAGAAAUCCAAAGCCUGAAAGACAAGCUUAGAACCAACCCCAAGGAUGGUGAAGUCUCCUCAUUACAACAUCAAUUAGAGGAAAAAACAAAAGAAGCAGAAAGGAGAGAACAGUUGCUUCGUUCUCUAUUGGAAGAAAUGAGUCAGUUAAAAUGUAAUUUAUCCACAGUUACUGCAAAAUGUUCUGAGCUUGAAAACAGAACUGGUGCUUUUCAGGCAUCGCAGGAAGCUGUUGCAAACAGUACUGGAUCACCAACUAAUCUUCAUGAAGUUGAAAAACAACUGAAAGAUGCUCUUGAGAAGAACCAACAGUGGCUACUGUAUGACCAGCAACGUGAAGCAUAUGUCAGGGGACUGCUUGGAAUGAUAUUUGAACUUCAGCAGAAGUCAGGAAUAGUUAGCCAACAAGAAUCUAAAGAAUUCAAUUUGGAAGGUUAUCUACAAGAAGAAAAGCAAAAAUAUUAUGACCAGCUGUUACUAACUGCUGAAAGUGAUCUCACGACUGAAAGAAACACUGUAACACAGUUGAGAUCUGAACUUACAGAAUUAAAAAAGAAGUAUGAAGAAACGCAACAAGAAAUAAUGAGUUUAAAUGCCUUAUUGCAGUCACAACAGGUUGCUGAAAUGAAGAAUCUAGAAAAUGAAAAUAAAAUUAGAGAGAAAGUACAGAGACUGAAACAAGAAAAUGAAGCUAUUAAAGGACAGCUCAGAGAAGAAAUGAAAAAGUCUGAAGAUCUUUUAUGUCAACUGCAACUUCUUCGUAAAUUGUUGCUCAAACAUCAAGAACAUGCUAGGAUAGCUUUGUUGGAACAACAGGUCCAGAUAUGCACCACAGACUUGGAGAAUGAAAAGCUUGACCACCAGAAAUUGCAGCAUCAGUUAAACAAAGUACAUAAGGAAUUGCGCAAGGCCAGGGAGCAAAUAACCCGUCUGCACCCUCUGAAACUCCAGGAAUCUGGACAUGUGGUACCACAAGAAGAUAUACAACCUGUGUUUGAAGAGAAGCUGACCAUUUAUGACAGAAGUCCUUCCCCGAAACAUUCAAGCCUUCUUGAUGAAAGUUUUCUUGAGUGUCCUAAAUGUAAAGAGCAGUAUCCAACAAGCCAGCAUAGAGAAUUACUAGCACAUAUUGACUUCUGUACAGCUUGA